AUGUUGAACUCCAUCGUUUCUCUCGCCAAGCGCAUUAAGGUCCCGGUCACAGCAUCGACAACUGCGGCCGAGGCAGCUGAAAUGCAACGGGACCCGUGGUCCAAAUCAGCAAAAUAUGGAGUAGGAUUUGUUUACUUUGCAGUCGUCCUGCUCAUAAUCACGACCUUCAUUCGAUGCUGGCAUAAAUGGGGCGACAAAAUGCGGAUUGCUCUGUAUAAAGAAAGCCGACCCGAAAUAUUUCGCGACGACUCAGUGCCAGACGAGUACGAGCUCCCGAGUGCAGGCACCGAUGCGUCAAAUGCCCAUUUCUUUCCAACGCCAACCGCUAUAUCGCAGCCGAAAAGACAAGAGUCCGUUGUCGCAAAGUUAGUUCCCUUGAACAAGGCAAUUGCAGUGAUGCGAUGGAUCUUCUAUCGACCAAUUCCCACCUUGAAGAUCGGCAAGUUGGAGGUCGUCUUCCCGUCUCUGGCAGUCACAAUGAUUGUAUUGGUUGCCAUGAUUUUCGUCACAUUGUACUGUUUUGUACCUCAACCCUUAUAUUACUGGUCCAUAGCUCUCGGGUCUCCGCCACUAGCUAUUCGAGCGGGCAUGCUUGCAGUAGCUAUGAUUCCUUGGAUUGUCGCUCUCAGCACCAAGGCAAACUUCAUCACUUUGAUGACUGGCUUGAGUCCCGAGCGGUUGAACGGACUACAUCGAUGGUCAGCGUACAUUUGUCUCUUCCUCAGUUUGGUGCAUAUGGUUCCUUUCUACAUCACUCCAAUCUGGGAGGAUGGAGCCCUAAUCAACUAUCGUCUAGGUAUUCCACCGCACGCCUAUGUGUAUGGAACCGGAAUUGCGGCGGCUGUGCCUUUGUUCGUGCUGUGCAUUCACUCCCUUCCCAUUUUUCGUAACUGGAUGUACGAGCUGUUCGUCUUCGUCCACAUCCCAGUGUCGUGGAUAUUUGUGGCAAUGCUAUUUUGGCAUACGAGAAACUAUCUGCAGUCAUGGGCCUAUCUUUUCACAACUAUAGCCAUCUGGAUGAUUUCUUAUACCGUUCGGCUAUUCUACCUGAACUGGACAAAUCCGCUGCGCACAUCAUCUUUCUUGAUCGGAGAAGAAUCCGCCAUCACUCUUCUUCCCCAAAAUGCAAUCAAAAUCACGAUUCCUACAAAAAUGCGCUGGCGACCCAGCCAGUACGUCUACCUCAGACUACCCAGGAUUUCCGUGGUCCAGAGCCAUCCUUUUACAAUCGCUUCACUUUGCAGCGAAGACUUUCCAUCUGCCUACGGCGAGAAAUACCGUGAUAUGACACUAGUGUUCCGUCCAUUCCAAGGAUUCACACGUGAGGUUUUUCAGAAGGCAUUGGAACAUGGGCCCUACAGAACGUACAGUGCUUUUGUAGAAGGGCCAUAUGGCGGUAUGCAGCGCGAGAUGGCCGCGUUCGAUGAUGUGAUAUUUUUCGCCGGGGGAAGUGGCAUCACAGCCAUUGCGAGCCAAUUGCUUGACCUCAUCAAGAAGAUUCGAGAUGGCAAGGCCAUCACGAAGUCAGUCCGAGUCAUCUGGGCCUUGAGAAGCGCGGAAACAAUGGAGUGGUUCCGAGAGGAACUGCGAAUCUGCCGUGACUCCGCGCCUGCAAACAUCGUGAACUGCCAUUUCUUCCUUACUGGAAUGCAGUCACAGGACCAAGCCGGACGAGACAUGAUCCAGGAAAAGAUCUACGGCAUGCUCCAGGGCAUCGAUAAGCGUAACUCUGCUUAUAUCCGCACGGAAGCUGCCGGGAACCCCGAUAUCGAAAAAGAGCUGCGCCGCGAGAACGAAGACGGCAUCGCUGCUCUUCCCAAUGCAUACGCAGCUACUCAUCCCCCCAACACGCGCCAAUACUACCAACCAACAAUGGACCCUUACGCUUCCCCCAAUACACCUGCCCGUGGCAAUCCAAACUUCGACUUUGGCUUUGGGACAGCCCAAUCUGUGCCCCAAAGACCAGCAUUAGCACCAGCAGCUGUGCCUCGCUUCGCUUAUUAUCAGCCACGCUUGCGAGACAACUGGCGCACAGACUACUUUCGUCCGGACAUCCCACAAAUGCUCAAUGAUUUCUCGAAGAGCUUCGGCCGCCGCGCGUGUGUUUUCGUCUGUGGGCCACCUAGCAUGCGUGUUGAGGUUGCCAACACGGUAGCCAAACUGCAGCUGCAAGUAAUGAUGGAUUCUUCGAAAGAUGAGAUCUUUUUGCAUGCUGAGAACUAUAAUAUCUAA